AUGGCCAACACAAUUGUUCAAGAUCAGAUGCACGAGCUGAACGACUUUGAAAACGCCCAAUGGAAUGAACCAAAUCACAACGACCAAUCACUACCUCGCGCAGAUGGCGGCAAAGAUGCCUGGCUGUUCCUGGCAUCUUGUUUUGUGCUCGAGGCACUGAUCUGGGUAUUCAUUGUUCUAAGGCUAGAAGACGAGCUGCUGACGUGGAGACAGGCUUCCCCUACUCCUUCGGUAUCUUUCAAGCGUACUAUAGCUCCCAUGAGCCCUUCUCGGAGCAUGCGGGCGACGUAG